AUGUUCUGCAGCGGGAACGAACUGAAGAAUGAUGCACUGAAAGUCGGAAUCCAGGUCCGAAACCUGGACCGGAACAUCGACAACAAGGCUUUGUACGAUACCUUCAGCCUCUUCGGCAACAUCCUCUCCUGCAAGGUUUGCACCGGGCCAGAUGGUAAGUCCCGCGGAUACGGUUUCGUGCAUUACGAGACCGAAGAGGCGGCCAAACAGGCCAUUGAACGCGUCGACGGCAUGCAAAUCGGGGAAAAGACGGUUGGAGUGUCUGGCUUCGUGAAGCGCCAAGAUCGUGAGAAGCCAGCAAUGAACACCUUCACCAAUAUUUACAUCAAGAACUUCCCUGACGACUGGGACGAGGACAAGCUAAAGGCGGAGUUCGCACCUCACGGAAGUAUCACGUCCUCCCAUGUGACGACCGACAACAAGGGCCGGAAGUCUGCAUUCAUCAACUACGAGAGCCACGACCAGGCUGUUCAGGCUAUCAAUGCUAUGCACCAGAAGGAUUGCCGUACUGACGAGCAGAAGGAAGCAGACAAGGAAAAGGAAGACGAAGAGAAGGAUCGCACCGAAAAGAGCUACUUGCUCUAUGUUGCUCGCGCGCAGUCCAAGUACGAGCGCCAAAUGGAGCUCAAGGAGAAGAUGCCGCCAAAGGACCCGGCGGCCGCACA